AUUUUUUUUAAAUAAAAAUGAAGGAGGAUUCAUCGAUUAUCAAGAAUGUUAUCGCAAGAGAAAUUUUGGAUUCUAGGGGUAAUCCAACAGUGGAAGCUGAUGUAAUAACAUCAAAGGGAGUGUUUAGAUCUGCAGUGCCUUCAGGUGCAUCAACUGGAAUCUACGAAGCUUUGGAAUUGAGAGAUGGAGAUAAAUCUAGAUAUCUGGGUAAAGGAGUUACUAAAGCAGUAGCCAACGUCAAUGAAAUAAUUGGACCAGCAUUAAUUGGUAAGAAUUUAAAAUAAUGAAAUAGGUAAGAGUGUGACAGACCAAACAAAUUUAGAUAAAUAUAUUGUUGAAUAAUUAGAUGGAAGCAAAAAUUAAUAUGGAUGGUCAAAGAGUAAAUUAGGGGCUAAUGCUAUAUUGGCAGUGUCAUUGAGUUUAGCUCGAGCUGGAGCAGCUGAAUAGAAUGUUCCACUUUAUCAAUACUUAGCUUAAUUAGCAGGUAAGAGAACAGAUAAAUUUGUCAUUCCAGUACCUGCAUUUAACGUAAUUAAUGGUGGCAAACAUGCUGGAAAUAAUUUAGCUAUGCAAGAAGUAUAAGAAUAACUAAUAAUACUUAGUUUAUGAUAUUGCCAACAGGAGCAAAUUCAUUCAGAGAAGCUAUGUAAAUUGGAUGUGAGGUUUAUCACAGCUUAAAGGGUGUUAUAAAAUCUAAAUAUGGAUUGGAUGCCACUAAUGUUGGAGACGAGGGAGGAUUUGCUCCUUCAAUUCAAGAUCCUAAUGAAGCACUUUAAUUGUUAGAAGAUGCAAUCAAAAAAGCUGGACACACAGGAAAAGUUGAAAUUGGAAUGGAUGUUGCUGCUUCUGAAUUUUUUGAUAACAAUGCUUAUGAUUUGGAUUUCAAAAAUUCCAAAAAUGAUGGAUCAAAAAAAUUGAAUGCUUAAUAAUUGGGAGAAUUAUAUAUUAAAUUUGUUUCAGAACAUCCCAUCAUCUCAAUAGAAGAUCCUUUUGAUUAAGAUGACUGGGAAGGGUAUGCCUAAUUAACAGCUUAAAUUGGUUAGAAAGUUUAAAUAGUUGGUGACGAUCUAUUGGUUACAAAUCCAAUUAGAGUUCAAGAAGCCAUUAAUAAAAAGGCUUGCAAUGCUCUUUUAUUGAAAGUUAACUAAAUUGGCUCAUUGACAGAAUCCAUUGAAGCUUCAAAUCUUUCUUAAUAGAAUGGAUUUGGUGUUAUGGUUAGUCAUAGAUCAGGAGAAACUGAAGACAACUUUAUUGCUGAUUUGGUUUUUAUUUUAUUUUUAUUUAGGUUGUUGGUUUAGGAACUGGAUAAAUCAAAACAGGUGCUCCAUGCAGAUCUGAAAGAACAGCCAAAUAUAACUAAAUCCUUAGAAUUGAACAAGAGUUAGGUAAUAGAGCUGUUUUUGCUGGAAAAAAUUUCAGAAAUCCAUAAUUAUGAGAAACAUAAAAUCAAAUAAUCUAUA